AUGUGGCUGCUCCUCAUCCUGCUGCAGGCUGCAGCCCUGCCUGCCCAGCUCUGCGAAGCCCCGGGGGAGGCGGCGGCGGUGCGGGCACUCAGCGCCCGGCUGCUGGGGCUGGGCGCGGAGGCCGGGGGGGGCGCCCGCCCCCAAGACGCAAUCCAGCACCGCUACAGCCGGAGCACCGAGGUGGAGUGGCCGGAGACGGGGCGGCUGGCGCUGUACCUGCUGGGGCUGCGGGCCACUUGUCCCCCGCCGGAGCCCGGUCCCCAGCGCUCACUGGUGACGUGGUUGAAGUACUACCUGGAGGAGGACUGGGCAGGGUCCCGGCGGCACGGCCACCCUCUCACCAGUUACUACCAGUAUAGCCUGGGCGUGCUGGCGCUGUGCAUCCACCAUAAGCGGGUGCGGGAGGAGGUGAUCCGCCGGCUCCUGGUGGCCGAGCAGCACGGCAGGUUUGGGCACGCCGGUGGCAGCGCUGCAGACACGGAGGCGGUGGCGGUGCUGGCCUUCACCUGCCUGGAGCGGGAGCGGCUGGUGGGGGCCGGGCUGGUGGCGGAGCUGCGAGCGGCCACGCGUGGGGCGAGGAGGAGGAUGGUCGAGGCGCAGGGCCAGGAUGGCUUCUUCGGCAACGUCUACAGCACCCCGUGGGCCAUGCAGGUCUUCAUCGCCACCAACACAUGCCAGACACAGCCUGCGUACGGCCGGGCCAUGGCUGCGCUACUGGAGAACCUGGAUGCCUUCACCACCGCCGCGACCAUGGCCCAGGUGCUGCCGGUGCUGCACGGCCGGUCUUACUUGGACAUUGCCUCCAUGCACUGCUGGGAGGAGCCGGACACGCUGACGCCCAUCGGCCCCGAGCCACCACCCAAGAUGCCGGGGAACAAGGUGGUGCAGCUGGUGGUGGAGUGCCACAAGCCGCGGUGUCCCCAGCGCCGGCUCUACGACCAGGUGGUGCCUGUGCCUGCUGGCGCCUCCCUCCUGGACGUGCUGAGGGUGGCCGCCGCGCAGGGACACCACAACUUCACGUUUGACACCCAGGACACCCCCCAGGGCCCCUUUCUGAGCAGGGUGCUGGGGCUGGAGGCCCAGCAGCAGAAGCGGAGCUACUGGCAGCUCCUCACCACCCCCAACACCAGCCUGCAGAUGGGUGAGUGA